CAUGAAACUACAGAUUUAGAUCAAUAAAUUAAAUAAUAUUAAACAUCUAGCACCUUUAGAAUGACAGGAACAUCCAGACACCCUUUGGGGCUUUGGGGCAGUAGAUAAUCAGAUGUGGCAGAGGACAAAAGAAAGCCACAGCUGCCUGUGCAGCAGCUCUCAGAACCUCCUGCCUCCCCACUUUUCCAUCAGCAGCUCCUUUUUUCUUUUAAUGAGACUCUUAAUGGGAGUAACGCAUCCUUCCAGCCACCUGAUUUCCCACGUGGAGGUCUAGACGUCCGUCAUGGUGGGUUUAAUCUGGCCCCGUGGUAUGGAGACGCUUGCUAUGGGGGCAUCUAGGUGGCUGCUGCCAUCACCUGGUGGCACGAAGGUGAAAUCCCGUGGACACCAGCGCGCAACUGUGGACGCAGAGUGGAUAAGACCAUAAAGGGGGCGCGUGAAGAGCGCUCCAGUGGAGAGUGCGCACAGACUGAUUGGGCUAAUGAAACACAGGCGUGUGAUGGCACUUGAACGUCACACCUCCCUCGCCGACUAAAGAGCGGCUCGGCAGCUGUUUGGAUCCACUGUUAGUCACAGCACAGCAGGAGCAGCUGCGCCAGAGACUCCUCAUCCUCCUCCUCAUCCUCUCCUCCUCCUCCUCAUUCGCCGCCGCAGCGAUGACAGGACCAGAAGCGCGCGUCCACGGACGCGUCCUGGAGUGGGGAUUUUGGAUUUGAUGAUCCGGAUCUAUUGUCCUCGUGCGGAUCGGGGGCUGUUGGAGCACAGCUGGGAAGUUGUGACAGGAGAUGCGCCGCUUUAACAGAUGAUCCAACUGAUGGAACAAACUCGAUGUGAUUUGGAAACGUGCUCACCGGCGGGAAUGAGAGAGAGGCGCGGAGGGGCCAACUUUUUGGCGUGGAUCUUAAACUUUUUCCUUUACUGGCAGUGGAUUGACGCACAGAACUGGUAAAAGAAGAGAUGACAAAUAUAGAAGUGGUGUCCAUCCUGUUCAAAAAGCUAUUGCAGACUCAGCACCCUGGAACAAAAUGGGGUUCGACGGUCCCCUGUCUGCGCAGGAGCAGAUGCUCAUCCUGUAUGAAGUCAAAACGCAGUGCUACCAGAACCUCUCCAGCAUGGAACCAACAACCACAGAUGAAGUGUGUCCUCCAGACUGGGAUGGUCUCAUUUGUUGGCCUCACGGCUCCCCAGGACAGAUGACCGAGGUUCCCUGUCCAUCUUACAUCUACGACUUCAAUCACAAAGGACACGCUUACAGGAGGUGCGACAUCAACGGUUCCUGGGUUUUUGUGGAGCAGUGGAACAAAACAUGGACAAACUACUCGGAGUGUCUCAGCUUUCUGCAGCCUUUCAAAGACGAGGAGGCCAGAGACUUCUUUGAGAGGCUGUAUGUCAUGUACACCACCGGCUAUGCUGUGUCCUUCAGCUCCCUGCUAGUGGCCAUCAUGAUCAUUGGAUACUUCAGGCGCCUUCACUGCACGAGGAACUACAUCCACAUGCACCUGUUUGUGUCCUUCAUGCUUCGGGCGGUCAGCAUCUUCGUGAAGGACAAAGUCGUCUAUUCCAGCGCUGGACUGCAGGACUUUGACUCGGCGCUGCUGGAUAACCUAAAAACAGUCAGCAUAGCUUCACUUGACAAGUCUCACUACAUCGGCUGUAAGAUGACGGUGGUGCUCUUCAUCUACUUUCUUGCCACCAACUACUACUGGAUCCUGGUGGAAGGUCUCUACCUGCACAGCCUGAUCUUCAUGGCCUUUCGGUCAGACUCCAAAUACCUCUGGGGCUUCAUAUUUAUUGGAUGGGGUGUUCCAGCAGUGUUCGUGGCCAUCUGGGCGAUUGUUAGGGCUACUCUUGCCGACGCAAGGUGCUGGGAGUUGAGCGCCGGUAAUGUCAAGUGGAUCUACCAGGUUCCCAUCUUGACAGCGAUUGGGCUAAACUUCAUUUUGUUUGUGAAUAUUGUGCGAGUGCUGGCCACUAAGAUUCGAGAGACAAACGCCGGGAGAUACGACACACGGAAACAAUACAGAAAACUGGCCAAAUCCACCCUUGUGCUGGUGCUGGUGUUUGGAAUCCACUACAUCAUCUUUGUUGGGAUGCCGCACACGUUUCGGGGUCCGAGCUGGGAGAUGCGCAUGUACUUUGAACUGUUCUUCAACUCAUUUCAGGGUUUUUUUGUGUCUAUUAUCUAUUGUUUCUGCAAUGGAGAGGUCCAGACAGAAAUAAAGAAAACCUGGACGCGCUGGAACCUGGCCUUUGAGUGGGAGGGUCCAAUGGUUUGUGGCCGGUACCGUUACGGCUCUGUGGUGGUGGGUCUUAACAACAACAGCACCAGCAGCCAGUCCCACCUGGCCGGGGGCGGGCCUUCAACACGCUCCACGACGGUCGCCUCCAGCCGCACUUCUCGCAGCACAGCUCCCCCAGCGGCCAAUCUAUAUUCCAACCUCCCGGGUUACGUAAUAACCAACUCCGACCCGUCCAUCCCCGAAGAACCUGAGGACAGUGGCGCCAAGCAGGUGGAUGACAUCUCCCUAAAGGAAAAUGUGCCGGCCCAUAACACGAGUGCGACGGCGGAGGAAGAGGAAGAAACGCUGUAGCAGUCGAGAGAAUUAAAAAAAAAACUACCAUGAAACUGUGACGAUGGAAGCAAACAAAAACCAAAAAUGAAAGCUUCAAAGUAAACAGAGAGGAUGCUGUGAUGAUGAAGGGGAAUCUUGCCAUCGGAGGAGUAACUGAAACCUUUUUUAACAAACUGCAACUACAGGAAUGAAGUUUUAUGAUGCAAACUGUGAAGCUGAAAGUGGACCUAACUCGAGGGAGCACAAACUCAACGUUUCGUAAAGACUCAUGAAGUCAAAGGAUGCUGAUAAAUCACCUUAAAGUCACUCACGGGAAGUUGGAAAGCGGGUUUUUGUUAACAUAAGUGCCCUUUUCUGUCAUGGAGAUCAUCUUCAUGAUUCCUCUGUGAUCCAGAGACAGCGACAGAAGAAAACAAAUAAAAAAAGAAACAUGCUGUUGCAUGCAACGCAAGCUAUGUUUUUUAAUGUUUUGUUACUUUUGUAACCUCCGUUGAUUGUUAUUUAUGAUGCUGACAAAGAGCAGAGUGAAGAAGCAAAAAGCAGGAAGUAGCAUGAUGAAAUGUAAAAACGUGAAGGGAAAAAAAACAAUCAAAAUUGGGGACUUUUUUUUUAAAUAAUGCAUUUUUGUCUUGAAAGUAUUGAUAUUUGUGAUUUAAAAGUGACAGAAUGUAUUCCUUUUCGAUUCA